CAGGAACACAAAUCCAACAGCAAGGGAACGGCCACGCUGAGGAAUAUUGUAGGCGGUUUUAUAAAGGUGAUGAACUUCCUUAUUUCGCGCAGUGGCCUGUUGGAUCUGUUGCUGUCGUCAACAUGCCGUCGUCUCUGGUAACGUCGCUUGAAUCCGGGCUGGAUUUCAUUGAAUUUCUGGGAGACAGAAUAUUGGACAACAACACCAAAAAGGAACUUCGUGAUAUUUACAACUCCGAAUUCAGGGGCAGAGAAGGAAUAAAAGACCCCAACUUUUCCAACAUUAUCUAUGCCCUUCUGACGUUCAACAAAGCGUACAUGAAACAGGGCAAAAUCUACUUAAAUGGCAAAACUCAGUUUCGAGUGUACUGUGACCAAUGGAGGAGACCUCGGGCGCCUCAUGGUCAGCAGAGUCCCGGCUCCAGCCCUCAGAAGUCUUCUGGCACACCUGGGUCGUUAUCCGCGCCCACGAUCCCUGUGCUGACCCCCAAGAGAAAGCUGGCUACAGAAAUCAUUCGCAAGUUAAACACCAACAGGAAAGAGCUGACAGCCGACAAGGGGGGCAUUGAGAUCGCCUCUGAUCCUGUGGUAAGCAGUGGAAAGGUUCAAUUCACUGUCGACCAUCUGAAGGAGUUGUUCGCCGUCAAGUUCUGCAUCACAAACAAGGGGCCAAACUGUGUCAACUUCACGUACUACACCGCCCUGCACAAAAUACGCUGCUUUACUCUGGAGGAUGAAAGGAGAGUGACGAGAGUCUGUCCACUGUACCUCUGUCCUGGAGAAAACUAUGAUGUUCUGGUUCAGUACAGGCUGAACCACUUUGGGUUUUUCCCUGCUACAAUGUACUUUGAGUUCUGCCUGGAUCUGCCAGGAUCUGUGCCCUUCUGCAUUGUGAGGCAGAUCGAAGCCACCGCCAGGACUCCGCUGGCUGUCGAGCUGGCCCCAAUCGCUCCUUAUAAACCGUACCAGGAGGUCACAUACAAACCUGUCAACACCAUAGUAGUGGACGGAGUACCUCCUGAGAGUUCUGUGGUUCAACCCCUGAAGAUUGUAAUGAAAUUAAGUGACUACAGGUACCCUUAUUACCUAAAAGAGCUGGCUCGACAAAGGAUGGAGGACUCUGGUCACCUGUCUCCAGCCACUAAAGAGAAACUUACAUCAGUGACAAAUCUCCUGAAAUGCCCAUUAAAAAUGAAAAACUAUGCUCACCGGUUCCAUCUUCUGCUGCACCUGGAAGAGAUACAGAUGGAGGUGGACAUCCGGAAGUAUGACCUCCACAGUGAAACCAUGACCCAAGACCAAAACAACAAAAAACUGCUAACACUUACAGUUCCUGGUGUGGCUGAGAAUAGACCGUCUGUGCUUCGAGGAGACUGUCUGAGGGUGUCUAAAUCUGAAGACACAGUCCAACCAAUCACUGUGUAUACAGGCUAUGUUUACAAAGUCGAGCUGGAUCGUGUGAAGCUGGGCUUUGCAAAGAGGUUUGUGGAUGGUUUCAUCACCAAUAUGAAGUUUGAUGUAGAGUUCACCAUCAACCGUUUGCCCUUGAAGCUGCAACAUCGGGCGGUAGACUUGGCUGUAAGCAAUCACCUUGGACAAGUGCUGUUCCCAACAGGUGCAGUGGUGGCGGAUGUCCCCCUGCCGAAACUCAGGAUGUUUAACCGUCAACUCGAAAACAACCCAGAGCAACAUGCUGCAGUCCAGUGCAUUGUGGCAGGAUCAUCUAAGCCUGCACCUCAUCUUGUGUUUGGGCCUCCAGGAACUGGAAAAACAAUUACACUUGUUGAAGCUAUUAACCAGGUCUGCAAGGCGGAGCAGUCUGCUCAUAUCCUCGCCUGUGCGCCUUCAAACAGUGCCAGUGACCUGCUGUGCGAGAGACUGAUGGCGCACAUGGAUCCUCACCGGAUUUAUCGUGUGUACGCUAGCAGCCGAGACCGAAGCACCAUUCCAAAAAGUCUACUGAAACAUUGUAACUGGGAUGACAGACAAGAUGCUUUUGUGUAUCCAGAGAAGGAGAUUUUGAUGAAUUACACUGUUGUAAUUACAACUAUGGUCACAGCUGGCAGACUUGUGUCUGGAGGAAUCCCAGUCGGUCACUUUACACACGUGUUUGUUGACGAAGGCGGUCAGGCUGUGGAGCCGGAGUGCGUCAUCGCUAUUGCAGGUCUGCUCAAUCCAGAGACAGGACAGUUGGUGCUUGCAGGAGACCCCAAGCAGCUGGGACCCAUCCUCCGAUCGCCCAUUGCUUUGGAGUAUGGACUUGGAAUGUCUCUGCUAGAGAGACUGAUGAGACACAACCCUUUGUAUCAAAAGACCAAAGAGCCCGGACACUUCGACACUCGCUUCGUCACCAAACUGCUGAGAAACUACAGGUCUCAUGUGUCUAUUCUGAAAGUCCCCAAUGAGCUCUUUUAUGAGAAUGAGCUGCAGGUGUUUGCUGAUCAGUGGGAACGUGAGGCUUACUGCAACUGGGAAUACCUGCCAAAAAAGGGUUUCCCCAUCAUCUUCCACGGGGUAAUGGGAAAAGACGAAAGGGAAGCAAACAGUCCUUCCUUCUUCAACGUGUCUGAGAUUGAAGUUCUGAUUGACUACCUCACCAAGCUGAUGGACACUCAAGGAAAGAAGGGUCUCCCCAAACUGUCAGCAGAACACAUCGGCAUCAUUGCCCCCUACAGGAAACAGGUUGAGAAAAUCCAGAAGGCACUCAGGUCUGUCUCUGUGCGGAAUCGAUGGAACGAUCUCAAAGACCUCAAGGUGGGUUCUGUGGAGGAGUUUCAGGGCCAAGAGAGAAAGAUCAUCAUGGUUUCCACUGUCCGAAGUAGCAUCAACUACAUCAAGAUGGACCAGGACUUCAACAUUGGUUUUCUUGCCAAUGAAAAGAGAUUCAACGUAGCCAUGACCAGAGCCAAGUCCUUGUUGAUUGUGGUGGGAAACCCUGUGAUUCUAAACAAGGAUCCCACCUGGAAGAAGUUCAUCAGCUACUGUGUGGAGGAGAACGGCUACACAGGAUUUGACUUCAGAGAUGCAGAAGAUGAAGAGGACAUGGUGGCACAACUGGCGUUCCUGAAAAUCGAUGUGGAAUGUGAAGGUGUUCCUGCAGAGGAGAGCACCCUCCAGCAGCACGUGCACCCAGAGUGGAAAAAUGAGCAUUGAAGCACAGUUGUCUUAAACAUCAAAGAACAGUCUGCAUCAACACACUUUCUGGAUGUUGAAAUUUAAAUACAGCCUCGUAGAAAAAUUUACUUUCUUUGCUUGAAAUGACUUGCAAUUUAUUAAGAAUAUAUUCUAUAGGAACUUGUGUAUUUUGCUGCAAUAAAGAAUCAUUUUUAUGACAA